UAAUACGGAAGUAUGACAUUAGGGCUAUUUUAUUUACGUGAAGUAGUAACUAGUAUUGUGUACCACUACCAUGUUCAGAAAGUGUGUUUUAGUAAUGCUCAAAGUAAUGUUAUGCGUGAAUCGUUAUGAUGUAUUAUAAGAGUGAAAUUAUAUAUAUGUUUAUGAAACUUAUAAUAAUAAGCACUUACGUUACUACAACUUUAAGUUCCAGUGCAGCGAUUUAUGCCCAUGGUUAUACUACAGUAGAAAGUUUGUCUAGUUUUGGGGUUAAGCCUAAUGACACUCACAGUCCUGUCAUUCCUAAAUUUCAAAAUAGUGAAAAAGACUGGACACGUAAAGAGUUGUUAGACAUGAAAGUGAGUCGCAAAACAUAUCAACCACCGUUUAAAAAGAAAAGAGUAAACGUUUUUCAGACUGAUGAACUGAAGCAAGAUAAUCCUGUCUCAAUAAAUUUAAAGAACUAUUUAAAAAGCAGUCAAACUGAAAAUAUUCAGAAAAGAAUUUUGUUCAAAUCACCAUCGUUUGAUUCUUAUGUCCAUGCCCCUAAUUUUUCUGUUGCUGAAGCUGCUAAUAAUAAUGAUGGAAGUGAAUAUAGAUUGCCAAAGCCUGACAAUAUGUGUUUGAACUUACUUGGUGAUUUUGCAAAUGCUUCAUCAAAAUUUAUUAUGUGCUCAAUAAUUAAUGCAAAACCAGUGCGAGUCUGUAGUCUUUGUGUGAAAACAUUUCUUCAUGUGAAGGAAACUUACAAUAGAAUUUUAAAGAGAGAAGAGGAAGGGUGCAAACAGAAGGUACUCGGUGAAGACAGGCUUAUGAUAGUUCAAACUACCUAUCAAAAUAUUGUUGAAUUGUGGUCCAAUGGUUGUUGCGAUAAAUGUCUCGACAAAGAUGAAAAUGGAACAAUGUCACAUAUUUCUGAAUAUACAGAAAAGUUUUUCAACUUGAGCAUGGCAGUUUCUGAAUGUUUUAAAAAGUAUGACAUUGAAAUAGAAAAAAGAGAAGCCAACGUGUGCCAAAAUUGCAAGGCAAAUUAUACUGAAAUGAAUUCCUUUUAUGAAUCCUUGAAGAACAAGUAUGGGAAUUCCCUUUGUAUGGAUAUCGUAGAUUUGAUGAAUGCAACUCGAGCACAGUGGAGCGAAAUAUACAAGUGUCAUUAUUUUAAAGUCAGUGAAAGUCCAAUUUAUGGACUCACAGCUAUGUUUUGUGCCCUGCCUUUGUUAUUUUAUACAAUAAGCAGGAUUGUGACGGAUGUCCGCAGUACCACUCUGUUGCAGACAAAACGUCUUUCACAGCUUCAGAGCAGUUUAAGCACCAGUAUCCAAGAGGAUUAAGUAUUCAUGUAUAAUAAUUCAAAAUUUAACAAUAUUGAUUGAGCUUAAAUAUCUUCUUUGUUAUGUGCAUACUAUGUUACAUUACAAUUUUUAAUUUUUGUUGUUGUUAAUAUAGGUGCAAAAUUGUUGUUAAGAGCAAAAAUGAUAUAUUCUAGACCAUACUUACAUCUUAACCCCUUCUGUUAUUUGUCUGAAAUAACUUUGGCACCCUCCAUGUUUCAAAAAAUAUUUGCCCAAAUUUAUUCCCAUAUUAUCACUAGAUGCUUUUGGAAAUGUUGUUUGUACUGAUUUCUAUUUGAUUUAUUCUGAAUUAUGUGUCAUAAACACUGGAGAAAAGCAUUCCUCUUUUUUAGUGUAGUUUUAUUUAAAUAAUAUAUAUCACAUAUAAAUCAAGAGAUGCUAUCAAAAGGUGAAAUAAAAAUCUGUAUUCUUUUUUUUUUUGGGCUCAUUUCCAUAAAAAAAUUCUGACAUACAAGGGGGUUAAUUUGUGUUCAUCACAUUGCAUCACAUGGUCUUACAAUGAGUUAAUACAAACUUAAUAUUAAUUAUUAGCAAUAUCUGUCAUUACUGUAAUAUUUUACCUAUUAUAUGGUGUAACAAUUAUAGAAAUAAAUAUGAUUUUAUCAUUAAUGAUUCAAAAAAAAAUUAGGUAAAUUGUAACCUAAUGUAAAUGUAUUUUCAAAAGGUAAUCAUAAUAAUUAAAGGACUAAUUUCAGAAUGGCAAGAUCAUAAUCAUUUAUUUUUAUAAUUUUUGAGUAAUUAGAAUAUAACAAAUAUUUAAAACUAAGAAGUUUAAAAACAAAAAUAUUCAAUAAUAAAUGGUAGCUCACUUGAUUUAUUGUUAACAAGAUUCAGUUUCUUGUUGAGAUGAUAAUGAUAAGCUUAAAACUAAGUUCACAGUUUGUGUACAUUAUGGCAGUUACUGCUCUAAUUUGUGUUUCAAAAAUAUUUGUUUCAUGUUUUUAUAAAUACUUCCAAAUAAGAAGAGACCACCGAUAUUUUUUUAAUUUUAGGUUUAUUUACUUCACAUUGUGAUUAACUCUGAGUUUGAAUUACUGAUAUUACUUGCUGUAUCUUGACAUAAAAUGAUGUUACAAGUUUAAUAGUAAUGUGUAAAACCUGAAACUCGUGUAGUAUAACGAAGUGAAUGAGUGAUGGGGCUAAAAUGGCUUCCUGCUGUCUAAAGGAUUUUUGACAAGUUAGUCAUUCCAAAGAUGAUAUACAGUUUGAUGCAUUCGUUAUUGUCGGGUAUUUCGUUAAUGAUAAAACAAAUUUAAUAUUAACUCUUGAACCAUGUUCUAGUCUUCAAAUUUUUUAAUCUUGCAUGGAAAAGUUGAAGAAAAAAAGUUAUGUACAAUUAUGUUAUUAUAGUAUUUAGAAGGUAUGAAAUUGGGUACAAAGAUAGAACAUGGUACAAAAUGUGGUGGCUACAAAACCUAUUUAAUCUCAUAAAACUGUUGAAGUGUUAUCUAUGUCAAAUAUAUAGAAACUGUAUAUAGAAAAUAUUUAAUGUUAUUGUAUAGAGAAACUUGUACUUCUGUUUUUUCUACAUUUAUCUCAUUAAACCAGAAGCCUAAUUAAAGGAAAUUAUAUGAUGGUAAACUCAUACAUUUAAUGUUUUUAAUGUGUCUGGAGAAAGUAAUUUUUAAACCAUAGUUUUGUUUAAAAACUUUGCCUGUAUGUCCUACUGGAAAGGCACAGAAAACCAUAGUUUUUGAAUAUUUUUUACCAAGGGGCAUAUAUUUUUUUUAAUUAUCAGUAAUAGUACUUAUAUCUUCAACACGCAGCUCUUGGGUAAAAAAUAAUGUCAAAAGGAAGGUUUUUAAGUAAUUAUUUAAUAAUUCAGUAACUAAAUCUGUUAAAGUCAUUUUAUUCUCUUGUAUAUCUUGAAAUAAUUUUUUAUCAGUGGAUUUCAAAUAUCCAUAAGGAAUGUUUUUCCACAAUGUAAUGUGCUUUAUUCAGUAAGCAAUCAGUUAGAUCACUAAAGCAAGUAAUGCAUAACAUUUAGGGAUAUUUAAAUAUUAAUGUACAAAAGCUGUAAUAGAUUCUUAAAUUUUUUCCAUAAUAUAUCUAUAAAUAUUAAGAUUUAUAAAACAAGUACUAAACCUUGUGUGGUUAUGUAUCAGCUUCUAAUAAUGUUUUAAUGUUGUUCAUAUUUACUUUCAGGACAAGUAAAAUAUAUAACACCAACUCAACUGCAGGAAAUAAAAUCUGGGCUUUGAGUUUCAACACUAGUGUUAUGUUUUCCUUUACUGUUUCUCCCCAUUGAAAUUUAUUUAUGAUUUAGUGCUUAUUAGUUUAAUUACUAAAACUUAAAUUUGUUAGUUUUUUUUGUGGCUUGUGUAGGUGUAAUUGUUGUAUAAUUAUAAAUAUUGUAGGUUUUAGUGAUGAUUGUUGGAUUAAUCAUUUACUGUUCUGAAUUUACCUCUUAUUAAUAAAGUUAAACAACCUUUUCAUUUUCUGUUUCUUUUACAACAGAAACUUCUAAAA